AUGGCGGUUAUGGAGAAAGAGGAGGCGCCGGUUCACGCAGAUGCGGGUGAGCCCCGCAGCGAAGCUGUGGCGCCCCCGCUGCUUUGGGUUUCCGUGUGCGCUCCGGCUUUGCUGCUCCUUCCGCACCGGGACCGCGGUGCAGCCCGUGCCCGGCGGGGCUCCCUCCGCUCCCUCCGCGCUCCCGCGUCCCCGUCCCGGGAAGCUCCCGCAUACUCAGCUAAGCUCAACAAGUUUCCUGUCUUUAAUUUUGAUGACGAGCUCAAGUACCUCUGUAUCAGUGCUGUGAGCCCCAACACCACCAAGACUACCCUCCAUGCUCUCCACAUGUGGAGGCACUGGUGCAAAGAACUCAGGGAAUACAUGGGCAUCACCAAAAUCCCGGCUGUGAAGCUGAAUGAACUCCUGGAGGAUUUCUAUCUCACUGUGAAGAAAAUGGAUGGAUCAGAUUUUCUGGCCACAUCACUCCACGCUAUCCGCUGGGGCCUGGGCAGGAUCCUGAACAACUCAGUGGGUUUCUCCAUCGUCAGCAGCACAUUCAGCUCCUCCACCAGAAAGCUCAAGGAGAAGCCUGGGGUCCUCAGCACGGCUUGCAUGGCUGGUGCCGCUCCCGCAACGUCGCCUGCCUUCCCCUGUGUGACCAGGAGGAGACGUAGGGGACGGGGUCCUGGAGACAGCAGCCCUGUGGCCCUGCUCUCCACAGUGGUGAAACAUGACAGCCAGUGCCUGAAGAUGUGAAUGUCGCAGGAGCGUGCGGACCUGAUGAGUGGUGACAUCGAAUUACUCAAAGACUCCCCAAACAGGCCUUUUUUUUUCCCCAGAAUGGAUAGUGUGACGCGAGGAAAGAGGCUGAGCACAAAUAAAGUGUGUCAUGGCCAGACAUACCCCGAGCACUCAAGAGGCCCCAACCUCUGCCCUUACUGCACUCCCCACAGGUGUCUGCACGCGCAUGGGGACACGUCUCUGGGGCUCGACCUGCCUGCCCGCAAGGAGCAGAGCAGCAACGGGGACGUGGGGCAUGAGGAGCAGAGGAUGGAGCUCCGCUCCCUCCACGUGGCCGUCCCCAGUCUGGCAAAGAAAGUGAAACCAGAGCGCAGAAGUUUUACUUUUGCCUCCUUCACCCAGGAUUCCUCAGGUUGGCCCUCCUAA